AAACACACAUUCAGUUGUGUGCAAUUACUGUUGAUUUAUUUUUUUUUUUAAAUUAAUUUAAUUAAUUUAAUGUUUAUUUUGUAUAAUAACCAUAUAUAAUUUUGAAAAUAAAGUGAUUAAAUGGAUUCAAAAAUUAAAUCUAACAUCGAAGAACCAUGUGUUGUGUACCCCUGGGAACCUUGUCAUGAUAAUGAAAUGCAAAUGAAAGCAUCUUUUGAGGAUAACUAUCUUGACCAUAUGAGUAAUUUAAAAAUUGAAUCAAAUCCAUCGAAAAAUACGUUAACCACUAUAGCUUGUGGAAUCUCAUUUAAUGUGACUAGAAAUGUAAUUGAAGAAUUUUGUGAGAGUGGUGCAUCAGUGUUAAUAUUUAAUUUUAACGGUUUGUCAUUUGAACAGAGUCGAAAAAUGGUUUUCGAAAUUCGCCAAGGAGUUUUUAAUUACAGUCUUAAAAAAAACAACCGAGUACCAUAUUCAAUGACUUUGGUACUUGAUCUUGGAGGAUCUGUUAUCACAACUGGAAGCAUAUUAGAUACAAAAACUACACAACGUGUGAUCGAAUUAUCAACGAAUGCUCAUGUUUACGUCACCAACGAUCUUGAAUACAAAUUUAAAUGUACGGAAGACCGUAUUUAUGUGAACAGUGAUAUAAUUCUUCGGCUUAAAACUAAUGAUCGAAUCUACUUGGAUUACGGAAAAAUCGAAUUAGCCGUAAUCAGAGUAGACGAAGACGAGGUGUAUUGUGUGAUAAAACGAGGAGAAUUUUUGGGUUCCGAAAAAAUAGUACACGUGCCGGGAAUUCCAGUUGGCUCGACAUCACUCUCCAAACUAGACGAGGAAAAAAUUCGCACAGGGAUCCAGCUCAAAGUGGAUGUAAUAUUGGUGCCUGGUGUCAGGAACUCGGUUUUUUUUUACCACGUUCGCAAGUUUGUUAAUAUAGAGCAAGGUGGGGAUAUCAGCCUGUAUGCGAAAAUUGAUAACAGCGUCGGACUGGAAAAUAUUGAUGAUGUCUUAACAGGAGUGGAUGGCGUGUUUUUGAACCGACCGAACUUGUCCAUGGAAGUCGGUCACGAUAAGAUAUUUCUAGCCCAAAAGAUUGUAUUGUCCAAAUGCAACUUGGCUGGAAAACCGACCAUCACGUAUGGGGAGUAUCUUAAUUCUAUGGAAGUAAGUACGGUACCAACAACCGCUGAAGUAAACGAUCUUAUAAAUACCGUAAUGGAUGGGACAGACUGCAUUUAUCUAGACGUAACAAUGCGCAGUUCAAACAAAUUGCACUGCAUUCAGUACGCGUCUUCGUUGUGUCGACAAGGUGAAGCCACCAUAUGGGAACAACAAUUGUUCACCGAGCUUAACAAAAAGUCCAAACCAAAAAUCGAACCCGCCCACGCCGUAAGCAUCGGUUGCGUGGAGGUAUCGUUUAAAUGUCACGCAGCCGCGAUUAUUGUGAUCACUACGUCAGGACUUUCGGCCCGGUUCAUCGCCAGAUAUCGGCCUAGAUGUCCUGUGUUGGCGAUAGUCAGCCACGGAAAGUCUGCAAGAAAAUUAUCAGUGUGGCGAAAUGUCAUAGCAUUGCAAUACAUCGAUCCAAUAGAAAACGUUUGGAAAGACAUUGAGAAUCGAACAAGAUUCGCGAUGGAUUUUGGUAAAAGAAAGGGUAUAUUACAUCAGGGAGAUUUGGUUUUGCACAUGAGCUGCUCUAAACAAAACGUGGGUUUUGCUAAUACGAUGAGUGUAUUCUACGUCAGCGCUGGAGACUUCGUUAAUGCAUAACCCACUAUGUACAGUUUUGAUAAGAAUAAAAACGAGAACAUA